AUGACUGUAGUAGUGCUUGCUUCCUCAAAAUGUGACCUCAUUCCUCUCUUUCCCUCUUCUCCCCCCGAAGGCGGCUGGAUCCAUAGUUUGGCCUUCUCCGCAGACGGAGACAAACUCGCGUGGGUGAGUCACGACUCAAAGGUAUCUGUCGCUGACACGAAGGCGGCUGGUGCCAACCCUGCCAUUGUCACCACGGUGGAACACAAGUACCUGCCCUUCGCCUCCUGCAUCUGGAUUAGCCCGAAUUCGAUUUUGGCUGCGGGUCACGACUGUGCUCCUAUCGUCUUUAAUUACAAGGGACCCGAUGGCGGCAUCACUGAAGGCACUCUGGUAAUUAUUCACAGUUCAUUCUCUCUACUACCUAUAUUUUGCUUUAAACAGAUUGACGCAAAAAGUUCCUCGCAAUCGACCAAUAAGCUUUCUGCCAUGCGCAAGUUCCAGGACAUUGAUCGAAUGGCAACCACUGACAACACAGGCUCUCGUCUAGCAACCAUUCACCAGAACUCGAUCAAGUACGUCUCCACUCCCCCGUUGGUUUUUUUUUCACCUCAACUAUGUUUCACGUAG